GACCACUGGUCGCGGAAGUCACAAGUAAUAUCGUGGAAAAAUAGUUGAAGAUCUCUCAAAUGAAAAAAAAAUUGUGCUAGUUCUGUUCUAAUCAGAUUAAAAGUGCUUUUCACUAUAAAAAAUUGUUGAUUCAUUGCUUAAUUGUGGGCAAAUUUCUGUUACAAUUUAAUGAUGUUUUAAUUCUGGGAAACCGUAUCUACCAAAAAAAGGUGUAAAUUUCCCAAAAAAAAUUGUGACGAAGAAGUGAAUUAUUUAGUGUGGUGAUCAUUGUUUUUUUUUGGUAGGAAAUUUAUUCUUAAAAUUAGUGAUAUAUUGUCUUGUUGACACAACGAUAUUCUUCAGAUAGUGAUCAUCGGGAAGAUAGAAAAUGUUGGAUAAUCGCGUGACUCUUGAGGAAUUCUUUUCCGGGAAGAAUAUCUUUGUGACGGGAGGAACAGGAUUCUUAGGAUCAGUUCUAAUAGAAUCCCUUCUGACUGUAAGUUCCAACAUUGGAAAAAUAUACGUUCUAGUUCGAGAUAAAAAUGGGAGCUUGGCGGAAAAAAGGAUUCAGCGGAUGCUCUCAAAGCCCCUCUUCAAAAACCACUCCCAAGAAGCGUUUAAGAAAAUUGUGCCCGUGGUUGGUGAAUUAACUGCUGAAAAUUUGGAUUUCACUCCCACUGUCCUUCACGAUAUCACGAAAAAUGUCAAUAUAAUUUUUCACAGUGCUGCAACAAUCAAAUUCAACUCACCACUUCAAAUAGCCAUUGAUAUCAAUGUCCUGGGAACACUGAGAACCAUACAAUUGGCAAAGAAAAUUGAAAAUUUAUCUGCAUAUGUCUACCUCUCCACGGCUUUCUGCAAUAGCAACAAUCGUGGUUUGAUUUUAGAAAAAGUCUAUCCAUCACAUAAGGAUCCCUAUGAGAUGAUGAAGCUUUCCAGUACCCCGGAUCUUCUGCCAGAUCACAGUGAUAGUGCUGGUGUAAAGGAAAUUAUAGGGGCUCAUCCAAACACCUAUACUUUCACCAAGCAAUUAGCUGAGAACCUAAUUGUGAAGGAGAUGACAGGAUUGCCAGUUGCUAUUAUUCGACCAUCUGUUGUGUACGGUACAUAUGAGCAUCCUGUUGAAGGAUGGGUGGGCAAUGCGAACAGUGGACAUCUGGGAUUUCUUGCUGGGUACGUGAAGGGUGUAUUUCGGACAAUGACUGGUAAUCCCUCGUCUAUCAUUGCGAUCAUACCAUGCGAUUAUGUUAUCAAUUCAACCUUGGCCAUGGCUUGGUACGUUGGGACAAGAAAUAUAGCCCAACCCGAAGUGAUCCACUGCACAUCAAAUGACGAAAAAAAUUCCAUAACACUAAAAGAACUUUGUGAAACUUUUAAUCGCUGUGCAGCUCUUCAUCCAUGUGACAAAUUUCUGUGGAAGCCACAUUGUCAAUUGAGGAAUUCAUUUCGCUAUACCAUUUUCUUCUACCUAUUUCACAUUUUGCCAGCAAUGAUUGUUUGGAUACCAGAAAAAAUAACCGGACUGGGAAUACGGAGAAUGAGUGUCUUGGAUGCAAUGAGGGUUUUUGAUAAGGGCACAAAAGCUUUUGAUUAUUUCAUGAAUCAGGACUUUAUUUAUUCUGUCCAAAAUUCCUUAAGAAUUAUGUCUCUUAUGGAUGAGAAAGAUGCUGAGAGAUAUUGCUUCGAUGCUGCCAGGUGUGACUGGAGUGAAUUGAUAUCGAGAUGCUUCAAAGGACUUCGAUUGUACUACUUCAAAGAGUCAGCUGAAACUACAAUGAAGCACAGAAUCAUUCGGAAAAUAUCCGAAAUAGGAUACUACUUAGGAUUCUUCGUGAUCUAUGCCUGCGCCUAUGUGUUCUUCUAUGUUGUUCUGAGAGAUCAUCUUAUUUCAUUUGCUGUUGCUAGUGUUAUUUUAUUAUUUUUGAUUUGGUUGUAAUUUUAUGCGUGAGAAAAUUAUUCUAAUUCAGCUUUGCAUUCAUAUUACAAAAAUUAGCAAAGUGCUUUAAGCAUGAGUGUGGAAAAAAAUGAGCAAAUGCCCUGUGAAUGAUAUUAUUGAAAAUUAUUUGAUUUUUUUUUAAAUAAAUUGUCUUAGCAAGAAAUUAGUUUUAUCGUAAAAGUAACAUUGUAAAAUGGAAUAUAUUAAAAGACAUCACAGUUUUUAAGUUUCUUUUUAUAGUUUGAGCAAGAGUAGAAUUUUUUUAUUGUAAAAUUGAAAGAAUAAAUAUGUAGAAGAGAGAGUAUUAAAAAAGUGAAAAUAUAAGAAAAAUGUGUUUAGUAAGGAUUUAGAUUUAGAUUGAGCAGAGGUAGAAGAGAGAACAAAAUCUAGAUUUAAAUAUUUUUUUGUAAAACAAAAAUAAUAGCCAAUGUGGUAAAUAGUUAAAAACAUAGAAGACUUUAUUUUUGGAUGAUUCAUUUUUAGGACAGAUUACAUCAUAAGAUGAGUUCUUAGUUGGUAAAUACUUCUUCAAUCUUUUAUAAGUACUCUUUUCAAAAUAUCAAAUAAAUAUAUUGGUCGAAA